AUGUCUAUCUCCAGGCUAGCCGUUGUGACCUCACUCCUGCAGUGUGUGAUCCCAUAUGCAACGUACCAGAAGAAGAUCCCCAACGGGGAAAUUGUCCCGUCUCCGUGUGGGUCUGGACAACUGUGGCCUGGGGUGGGUCACUUCAAGGACGUGGGGUCAGGAGAGAGGAACCCGUUUGGUGUCUGGACAAAGGAACUCUGUCAGAAAGACUCUGACGGCGAUGGACGAACCAACGGAGAAGAACUGGGUGACCCUGACUGUAUCUGGACAGAAGGUGGCACACCCAAGACCAAGCAGGGACUGUCACACCCAGGUAUCUGUGAGCCCAUUACCAGUACGAUGUGCCAGCAGAAGAAAGUCAUCUGGGGACAGUACAAGACCCAGAAUGAAUGGCUGGCUCAGAUAUGCAAGACAGAAAGUUUCCAGUGUCCAGCCAUGCAGGAGCCAGGUGAGUGGUGGUUGAGCUGUCCAGAAGCUAGCUUUAUUUGUCAUCUAUUUGUGAGAUGCAAGGUCAUCAACAUCACGUGA